CCAAAUGGAAGCAAACCUUCAUAUUUCCAGUCAUUGGCGCAAACAUACCUCAAAGUCUGUUCAAUAACGUUUUGGAGAAACGUGUUGUUCAGAACUAAUCGUUCUGCAACGAUUGAACGCACCUCUGAUAUAGGGUCGUGUGGGCGCUAUACAUAUUGGUGAUGGAUUCUUUUAUUGGGGGUGAGACGCUUUGCAGAUGAUCAAGGAUUCACAGGAGGCAGAUGCUCCACUCUUUGGUGACGAUGAUGAUGCCCCCACCGCCACCAGACAGAAGAAAUCAGAAAUCAAGCAUCCCCUGGCCACGUUCUUCCAUCUCUUCUUCCGCACCAGUGCCAUCUUAGUCUACCUACUGUGUGAAAUCCUGAGCAGUAGUUUCAUCGUCUGUAUGGUCACCAUCAUCCUCCUCCUUUCAUGUGACUUCUGGACAGUCAAGAAUGUGUCUGGCAGGUUGAUGGUGGGCCUCAGGUGGUGGAACCAGGUGGAUGAGGAUGGACAGAGCCACUGGGUGUUUGAGUCCAGACCAGCAACCAGUAGAAAAGUUCCAACCAACUCUGAAUCACAGAUCUUCUGGCUGGGUCUGGUUGUGUGUCCAGUCCUCUGGGUCAUCUUUGUGUUCAGUACUCUCUUCUCCUUCAAGUUUAAGUGGCUGGCAGUGGUGAUCAUGGGUGUGGCAUUGCAGUGGGCCAACCUGUAUGGAUAUGUGCGAUGCAAAGUAGGCGGGAAGACCAACUUGAGGAGCAUGGCAACCAACUACCUUGGCAGCCAGUUCUUCAAACAGGCAAUGGCCAAACAGGGACCUUAGAGGUGGAUGUGCAGAGAGAAGAAACAUUAGCAUUUCUGCUAAUGUAAUAUUUUAUGUUAUCAAGAGGAUCUUGCCUUGCUUUAACUGAGGCAUAGGCUACUGUUAUUUUUCUUAAUUCCUGUUGAACAGGUGGAAGGCAUCUCUCUCUUCUGAGGGCAAGGGGUUGUUUCCCACAGAGUCCUACAAACGAUGUAGUAUAAAACUAAGAGACUACUAGGCUUCUUUGUAUGUUUGAUUCAUUUGUUUUCCUGCUAAAUAUUCAAAAUACAACCUUGUUAAUGAUAACUGCUGAUUGUAAUAUAAGACAUUUGUAAAUAUUAUAUUGACAUAAAAUGUCUGGGUGAAUGAAUAAAAACAAAAGUGUGUGAGUCAA